AUGCCCAUACGACCCACGCUUCUUCCAACACGGUCCCUUCUACCAGCCAGCGAAGUUGCCUCAUCCAUCGUACAACCGACCUCGCAGACUGGACUCUCCAUCCUGCAAGUCCGCGGCGCGAAACGAGACACAUUCAAUCCUUCGCAUGUGGUACGGAAACGGCGGCACGGAUUUCUCUCAAGAUUGAGGACGAGGACAGGGAGAAUGACUUUGAAGAGGAGGAGAGCGAAGGGGAGGAGUACAUUGAGUCAUUGA